UGAUGAUAUAAACUAAAUUCUAACACCACCUUGUGCUGGCUGCACUAUUUGUCGGGUUUGACCAAGCAAUACUCUUUGUAUCUUUCAGAGCUUUCCGUUCUCGUUCUGCAAUGUCACACCAUCUUCGCACUCUUCAACUACCACCACUCUCCUGGAAAACCCCAACGAUCAAUACACAUUCUUUCUCCCUCCAUUGCUUCCGCUUCAGCUUCGGCUUCCAUUGCUCCGUCUCCUGCGGAUGCGCGCGCCAAAUCUCUCCGGUUCGGUUCAGUCAUCAAGCGUCUUUGCAAGAGGAAGGAAAACCUGUUUCCCUUUUCUUUCAACCUGUCUCAAGCGAAACCCACUUUGAUCUUCUCCUCGACCAGGCUCAAAGGCUCCACCAAGCUGUCGUUGUGGUUUGGAUGGCAAAUUGGUGCAGAAAAUGUAUAUAUUUAAAACCAAAAUUGGAAAAGUUGGCAGCAGAUUAUUAUCCAAGGUUGCAGUUCUACAGUGUAGAUGUUAAUACAGUUUCACACAAACUUGUUGCUCGUGCAGGUGUGACUAAAAUGCCAACCAUACAACUGUGGAAAGACAGCAAGAAACAAGCUGAAGUUAUUGGUGGCCAUAAAGCACAUAUAGUAAUAAGUGAGAUUCAGGAGAUGAUUGAGAAUGAGUGACAAGUUUUAGUGAAGUGGACUUAUUUUCCGCUAUUUUGAUAUAUUUUAUUAAUUGGUUUUA